AUGCCCGCAUUCAAACGCUCUCGCUCGGCCAUCGAGCCCGCACAGAGCGCAUCCUCGUCCUCUGGCGCCAGCGGCAGCGCAACAAGCUCCCCCUCGCCCUGGAAGCGCAUUCGCGACUUUGUCGUCGCACCCUUCAGCCCCUCGCCCAGCAGCAAACGCAGGAGGACGCAUUCAAACCUCUCCGACGCACCCCAGCACGCCGCCAGCGGCUUCAUCGAGCUCGAUCCUUCUUCCGACAACCCUGCAGCUCCGGCCACCCUUCCCGCCGACCAAGAGGGCAGCCUUCGCUACCCCAGCCUCGAUCGCUUGCAGGAGCACGACAGGAACAGGACCGUCUCCAGCGGAGCCUCGUCUACCAACCGCGUCCUCAGGCUCUAUCCAUCACUGCCCUCCUUACCACGCUCGAACUCGGAAUCAGCCGAGGACGACCAAGCGGUCCCCGAGCAGCAUACCGCCGCUGAGCCUGCGCCGUUCCAAUUUAGCCGCGAGACGUCUCAGAGGCUCAUCGAGAUUCUCGACAGGAACGACCUCAGUCGGUCCCCCGACGGCGUCGAGCUGGACAUGGAAGCCCAGCGGGCGAGGGAGAAGGCAAGGGUGGAUCGGGAAAUGGCAGCGAUCCUGGCAGACUCCCGCCGCUCCCCGGCGUCAUUCGGGGCCAAAGGCAAGGCAAGAGCCACCGAAGAUGGGAUCGUCGCUGCUUCAAAUGAUUCGGCUGCCUCCGAAGGACCAACGGACCAGGACGUCGACGAGAUCGAGGCCCUGGUCGCAUCUGACAAGGGCGAACAGCUGGGCGACUUCGGCGGAGCGGAAGCCGACCUCUCUGUGCCAAUGGCAACGCCUUCAGAGGAUGGGGACGCCAAAGAGGACGAGCUCGCCGCGAGCAUCAAGGAGCCGCCAUCCGCCGACGACGCGAUACCAUCCGACGAGGCCAGUACCGAUGCCAACGUGCUUGUCGAUCUGCACACAGACUCGACGAACGUCGACUCGGAUCAGCUCGAGGCAGCUUUACCUGACGUGGGCGGUGAGGCGGCGCCAGUGGCCGCGAACGCCGACCAGUCAGCAACUGAAGCAGCGGCCGAAUCUGAGCCAGCCUCCAGCUUCGGUGCCGCCAACGAGCAUACAAGCGACGUGGCGGAGGCCGCAGCUGCAUUCGUCCGAGACCUCAUCGCCGCCGGCCAGUCAAGUCAACACAAAGAGCCAACGUCGACUGACAUGGACGCAGAAAGCCUCGGGGCCGCCGCACUCGGCGACGAUGCCGAUGCAAGCAUGCAAGAGCCCCAGCAGGACGAGGCGAACGUCGAAUUUGAGCAAGCUCCACACCUGGACAGCCACGUGCCGAUGCUGGCGGGCACGGCCCCGUCGGAAGGCGACCACGAGAAAGUCGAUGGAUCUUCGCAGCACUCCGACGCGUCGAGCGACGACAGCGACGACAGUUCUGACCUGGACCGGGCGGGCGAUGACGACGAUGGGCAUGGCGUUGAAGUGGACGAGCUCGAAAGCGCGGACGAAGCAGAGGCCGGUACAGACGACGAGGAAGACGAGGACGAGGAUGGGGAUGGAGACCAUGGCGAGGAAAGCGAGGAUGAGGAGGAUGAGGAAGAGGAUGCAGACGAAGAUGCAGCGGAGGACGGAGACAGCGGGGAAGACGAGAUCAUCCUGGUGCAGGGCUCUCACCCGGCGUCAGCGACAGCUUCGUCCGAGCUCGAGGCCGGCGAGACAGACGACGCAUCUUCUGUCGGUCCGGUCGGUGACGAUGAAGAAGCUGCUGCGGAAUCUUCGGUCUCAGCAGUCGCUCUCAGGCCACUACCCAACGGAGCUGACGUUGUCGACCUCACCGGCGAGGACGAUGACGAGCGCGAUGUUGCCGCUGACACCUCGGAUGUCAAGUUCAGCCCGGCAAAUGCAGCGCGAGUCGGGCAGCUCCUUCAGCGCCGGUCUCAAGCAGAUUCGCCCUCGAGGCGCCGCCCCCGCCACUCGGCGCUCGUCGGACCCAUGACGAUGGAAGCGAUCCAGAAGGAGCACCAGCACGCUUUCAGCUUCGACUCGUCUCUGCACGACCGCAGCAGCCUAUACUCUGGACACGACGGCGGCUACGGCGACGCAGACGAUGACGACGACGGGCGCUCGGAACGGUCGGCGGCCGACUCGGUGCGGGAGAUCGGGCGGCGCGUGCAGACCAUGAAGCUCUUCAAGCCACGAAGCGGCAAGCGACUGUCGAGCGGCGGGCUGGGCUUCCCGCGCGCUCCGAGCUCGGUCGGCGGCUCUAGCAGUGUCGGCUCGUUUGCGAACUCGCCUCAGCCCAAGAUGCGAAGCUCGAGCUACACGAAAAAGAACCACAUCUUCAGCGGAGAGCACAUCCGAGCGGUCAGCAUGAACAACAGGAUGAACCUCAGGAGGCGGGUCAAGCAGGCUUGGGCCCAGGUCAACUCGCUGAGAAAGGUCCACAAGGUGCCCACAAUCAACCUGGAGGUGUUCGAGGGGCUGGCUCGAAAAGGUGCAGAGGUGCAGAGGAUCGUGCAGGCCGAGAACGACCGAGACUUUGCCAAGAAGCUGCAGACCCAGGACGAUUAUGUCGAGUCGUUCCUCCGCCGCCUCAAGCAGAGAGAGGAGGACGCCGGCAGCCUGAUGCCUCUACCGGCGCACAAGCUCAGCGAGAUCGAGCGCCUGAAGCGGGAGCAGCGCGAGCGUGCCCGCAAGCUGCGGGGCGUCCUAGGUAGGAGACCGCUGCCGGAUCGGCUGCCGGACAACGCUGAGGCCGAGGUCGACGAAAUCUUCCGUCGACGAGGCAAGAUUGCGUCGAUCCCCGGCGCGCAGGUAGACGACAAGGACGUGCGCAAGCUGCUGCCGUACCAGUGGCUCAACGACGAGGUCAUCAACUUCUACGGUAAUCUCGUCCUGAACCGCGCCAACGAUGCCGAAAAGAAGCGGCAGGAGGGCAUCAAGAAGGCGGCGCAGGCGCAGCCACCCGACGAUGCGACCCACGACGCCGCUGGCAAGGGCAAGAAGAAGAAGCAGGAGCGGCCCUAUGACCCUGCCCUCGAUGCCUACUGGCGCGUUCAUUUCUUCUCGAGCUUCUUCUGGGAGAACCUCAAGAACCGAGGUUUCGACGGCGUCAAACGCUGGACUCGCAAGGUCGACAUCUUCAGCAAGGACAUCGUCCUCUUCCCGAUCAACCUGGGCAACUCGCACUGGGUAUGCGGCGCCAUCAACUUCCGCGAGCGGCGGUUCGAGUACUACGACUCGAUGGGCAUCGAGAACCGCAAGGCGUAUGCGCUGAUGCGGUCCUAUGUCGUGUCAGAAGGGCUGGACAAGAAGAAGCGGCGCAUCGACCUGCGCGGCUGGCGCAACCGCUUCUCGCGCGAGACGCCGCAGCAGGAGAACGGGUACGACUGCGGCGUGUUUGCCGCCAUGACGCUCGAGCAGAUCAGCCGCCGCGAUCCGAGGAAGAGGAUCCCGCCGCCCGUCGAGGUCAAGUGGGUCGAGGCCAGCGGCGACGACGGCGAAGAGAGCGAGGUGGGCAGCAGCGACGACGACGAUGACGGCGGCGCGCGUGCGCAGACCCACGACGACGACGACGACGAGUACGAGUGGAACUUUCGGCAGCACAACAUGCCCUACCUGCGCCGGAGGAUGGCCUACGAGAUUGCCACCACCCAGCUGCUCGAGUAG